UGUACCCACAACUGUCACUGAGGGAUUUUUGUGAUGCAAAGAGGAAACUUUAACAUGUACAACUGAAUGAUCACAACACUCAGAACUGGAGCAUCUUGAGAAGUGUAUGUAAAGUUUCUUGCCAGCAGAAUGGCUGACAUGUCAGAGGAGGAGAUGAUAAUUAAAGCCAACCAAUUAACAGAUGAGUCACUUGAAAGCACUAGACGAAUGUUACAAAUGACAGAAGAGAGUUUGAAUGUUGGGGUCAAAACAAUGACUAUGCUAGAUGAGCAGGGGGAAAAACUAAAGAAUGUGGAACAGGAAAUGGACCAGAUCAAGCAGGACAUGAAACAGGCUCGAAAAAACUUGAAUGAACUGUCCAAAUGCUGUGGCCUCUGUUUGUGCCCUUUCAACAGACUGAAGUCCACCAAGAAUGACUGGAGAAAAAAGCAGGUCAGAAAACCAAAAGAAAGCAAGCGGAACAUGGUAUCCAGCCAACCGACUGUUGUCCGUGAUGGGCAGGCCCCCACUGGCCCCUACAUCAAAAGAAUAACAAAUGAUGAUCGAGAAGAUGAGAUGGAAGAGAAUCUGAAUCAGAUGGGCAACCGCAUUAAGAUUUUAAAGAACAUGGCACUGGACUUUGGCGACAGGAUUGACGACCAUAUCAAAAUAAUUGAUGAUGUCAAUGAUAAGACUGCAACAAUUACAAGUGAAGUUGCUGCUGCAGAAAAACAAGCCAGGAAACACCAAUAAGACAAAUACAGAAAGACCACCAAAACUGUAUAUUUUCUAUACAUCUUAGUGUGAACAAUUAAUUUGUGAAUGUUGACCCCCAUCCAUAUUGUCAUUGACACUUGUACAUAUGACAAAUAAACUGAAACUGAUCCGCAGUUCCCAUCCUACAUUUAUUUUUAUUUUUUAUUUUUGCUUUUUCUAUGAUCCAUUUCAUUCAGAUGUACAUCAUCAUAUGGAAGAAAAGAUC